AUGCAUCUAAAAUCAUGUGUUCCACCUCUAAAAGCAAAUGAAAAUGAACUGACUAUAGAAGAAAGAGCACUGCACUCGGCAACAUACCAAGGACUGCUCUUCUGCCUGGCCAGAAUGCUAGCAUUCCCAAAGAAUGGAGCUUCCUGUGUUCCUUGGAUUUUCUGUGUCUUCCUCUCUCCACUGGUUCAGCAAGGAGCAGAGGCCUUUCAGUGUGGCAAUGGGGUCUCCGUGCCUCCUGACACUGUGUGUGACUUCACAGAUCACUGUGGGGACAUGAGUGACGAACAGCAAUGCUCAAAUUAUGAAAGAUGUGAUUUUGAGGAUGGGAUCUGUAAUAUGACACAAGAUCAGAGUCUGCAACUUGGUUGGACAAAGAGAAAUGGGAUGACUGGUCUAUCACCUCCAUUUUAUGAUCACAAUGGUGUUAUAUCUGCCCACUUUCUCUCACUGGUCUCCAAAGCGGACUUUCCUUCAAACUUAAGAAGCCGAGUUUUUCUUCCGAUGAAUAAUCUGCAUGCUUGUCAGAUUACAUUUUAUUACUUCUCCAGUCAUAGGAGUGCCAAAUUAACAGCUGGCCUUCAAACUACAUGUGGGGGUCCUAUUCAACCUUUAUGGCAAAACAUAGCUGUAGCCCAAAAUCAGUGGGAGAGAAAGGCCAUCAGAAUUCAGUGCUCCCAGAAGUUUCAGGUUGUUUUUCAAGGUCAACUGAUUUCAACUCAUGAACAGGAUGAAGUCAUAGCUAUUGAUGAUAUAUCUUUCAGUUCAGGCUGCUUGCCUGCAAAUGAUGAAACUUUACCGUGUCAAGAAGCAUCGAUCACCAAGCAGGAACUAUGCCAUCCUGAUACAAGUCUCUGCAGAUUUGACUCUACAGAUGCAGGAUUAAGAUUGUGUCAGCCCUGUGGAUUUGAAUUUGAUACGUGUGGCUGGGCAUCAGAAGCACCUGCUGGGCACAUUUCCUGGUUGCGCACAAAUGCAAGAAGAGUUCCUGCUUUAGAAUCUACACCUCAGCAGGAUCAAAGUAGUGAUGAUGAAGGUUACUAUAUGUGGGUAGGGGCUAACCAUGCUUCUACUCUUGACCAUUUAGACAGCAGGGCUUAUCUGAACAGCUCUGUGUAUCACUGCUUGGGCAAGAGCUGCCAUUUGCAGUUCUAUUAUGCUAUGGAAAAUAGUGUUCUGAGAGUAAGUCUGUAUAACAAUAAGGAAGAAGAAAUAUUUUGGACAUACAAUACAUCAACUCACAAAAAAUGGGUGAAAACAGAUGUGUUAAUACCAGAAGGACUGAAGACAUUUAAGAUUAUAUUCGAAGGGGCUCUUUUGAGCCAGAGAAGUUUUAUUGGGCUGGAUCAGCUCUGGGUCUAUGUGUGUGCACAGGCCCCGUCCAGAAAGUCUUGCUCUGCAGGUGAAUUCACUUGUGCCAGUGGUCAGUGCAUUGCCCAGGAAUCAGUUUGUGACUCUCAGCAGGACUGUUCUGAUAAGAGUGAUGAAGACCCGGUGAAUUGCUCCAAUCAUCUCAUGUGUGACUUUGAGUCUGGUUUCUGCGGCUGGGAGCCAUUUCUCACAGAAAAUUCACACUGGGAAUUUGUGAAAGGAUUGACCGGUGGAGAGAACCGUCUUUCUGAGGCUGAUCACCCAGCAAACACAAAUCAUGGAUUGUUUAUUUAUUUGCGGGCACAUCAAUUGCCUGGAGUGGCCAAACUUGGAAGUCCUGUUCUUACAAAAUCACUUACUGCCUCUAACCCAUGUCAGGUGCAGUUUUGGUAUCAUUUGUCUCAGCAUUCACAUCUCUCAGUUUUUACAAGAACAUCACUGGAUGGAAAUUUGCAAAAGCAGGGUGAUCUAAUUGGAACCUCCAAAUUUCAAUGGAGACAAGCAAAAAUCAAUCUCUAUGCAAAGACUGGAGAAUCUAGUUUGCCUUUUCAGCUAAUUUUAGAAGCUACUGUUUUAUCAUCAAAUGCUUCCGUUGCCCUAGAUGACAUCAGUAUAUCCCAGGGAUGUGAAAUUUCAUAUAUGUCACUGCCAGGCACUAGCAUAGUAAACAAAGUUUCCAAAUGUGACUUUGAAGCAAAUAGCUGUGGUUGGUUUGAAGCAAUUAGCGGUGACCAUUUUGACUGGAUAUGGAGCUCCAGAAGUAACCUUUCUGCUGAUUUUGAGCAACAGGCCCCUCCCUGUGAUCAUACUCACAAUACUGCUCAAGGGCAUUUUAUGUUCAUUCUGAAGAAAAGCAGCAGCUUGGCACAAGUUGCUAAACUCCAGAGUCCAACUAUCAGCCAGACAGGAACGGGAUGCACGCUUUCUUUCUGGUUUUAUAACUAUGGCCUGUCAGUGGGAGCAGCUGUGCUCCAGCUACAUAUGGAAAAUUCCAAUGACUCCACAGUGCUCUGGAGAGUCUUAUAUAACCAGGGCAACCAGUGGUCACAGGCAACUAUUCAGCUUGGGCGCCUUACUCACCCCUUCCAUUUGACCCUAGAAAAAGUCAGCCUUGGCAUAUAUGAUGGGGUCUCAGCUAUUGAUGACAUCAGUUUUGAAAACUGUACCCUUCCCCUCCCUGCAGAGAGCUGUGAAGGGCCAGAUCAUUUCUGGUGUGGACACACUAAGGCUUGCAUUCACAAGCUUCGGUUAUGUGAUCUGGUGGAUGAUUGUGGUGAUCAUACUGAUGAGGCUGACUGUGCACCUGAACUACAAUGUAACUUUGAAAAUGGAAUUUGUAAUUGGGAACAAGAUACAGAAGAUGAUUUUGAUUGGACCAGGAACCAGGGUCCAACAUCAACACUUAAUACAGGGCCAAUGAAGGAUAAUACUUUGGGCACAGCUAAAGGACACUAUCUCUACAUAGAAUCUUCGGAGCCACAGGUUUUCCAAAACACAGCUGCUUUACUCAGCCCGAUCCUCAAUGCCACUGGCACAGAAAGCUGCACCUUCCGCUUCUAUUACCACAUGUUCGGAAAGCACAUUUAUAGACUGGCCAUCUACCAGCGAAUCUGGAGUAACACAAGGGGGAAGCUGCUGUGGCAGAUAUUUGGGAAUCAAGGCAACAGGUGGAUAAGGAAACACCUCGACAUUCCCAGCAGGCAGCCUUUUCAGAUUUUGGUGGAGGCUUCAGUGGGAGAUGGCUUCACGGGAGACAUUGCAAUUGAUGAUUUGUCUUUUAUGGACUGUACCCUCUAUCCUGGUAAUUUGCCAGUGGACCUUCCAACUCCACCAGAAACUUCAAUUCCAGUAACAUUACCUCCACACAACUGCACAGACGGUGAAUUUGUCUGCAGAUCCAAUGGUCACUGUGUUGAAGAAAUCCAAAAAUGUGAUUUUAGAUAUGACUGCCCUGACAAAUCCGAUGAAUCAUUUUGUGUAAUGGAAGUUUGCAGCUUUGAAAAAGGAAGCCUGUGUAAAUGGUACCAGCCAAUCCCUGAAAAUUUAAUUCAAGAUUCAAACACAUUCAGGUGGGGACUUGGUAAUGGAAGCAGUAUUCAUCAUGGGGAAGAAAACCACAGGCCAUCAGUGGACCAUACAAAAAAUACCACAGAUGGCUGGUACCUGUAUGCUGAUAGCUCAAAUGGAAAAUUUGGUGACAUGGCUGACAUCCUCACUCCUGUUAUUUCACGCACGGGACCAAAAUGUACCCUGGUGUUCUGGACUUAUAUGAAUGGUGCCACUGUUGGCUCUCUCCAGGUACUGAGCAAAAAAGACAAUGUUACCUCUAAAUUGUGGGCUCAAAGUGGACAGCAAGGUGCACAGUGGAAAAAAGUAGAACUAUUUUUAGGCAUUCAUUCACAAAUACAGAUUAUCUUCAGGGCAAAACGCAGCGUCAGUUACAUGGGAGAUGUAGCAGUGGAUGACAUUACCUUUCAAGAUUGCUCUCCCCUCCUCAGCCCAGACAGGAAGUGCACUGCUCAAGAGUUCAUGUGUGCUAACAAGCACUGCAUUGCACAGGACAAGCUGUGUGAUUUUGUGAAUGAUUGCACUGAUAAUUCAGAUGAGACUACCUUCAUUUGCAGUCCCUCCCGUGGGCGCUGUGAUUUUGAAUUUGAUCUCUGUUCCUGGGAGCAGGAACAGGAUGAUGACUCUGACUGGAAUCUGAAAGCUAGCAGCAUCCCUGCUGCAGGCACAGAGCCAGCUGCGGACCACACCUUGCGAAAUUCGUCUGGUCAUUACAUCUUCAUAAAGAGCUUGUUCCCUCAGCAGCCCAUGAGAGCAGCCAGAAUUUCAAGCCCUGUCAUAAGUAGAAGAAGCAAAAACUGCAAGAUAAUUUUUCAUUAUCACAUGUAUGGAAAUGGCAUUGGGUCACUUACCUUGAUCCAGGUAUCAGUCUCAAACAAAACAAGGCUCCUAGUUAAUCUCACUGUAGAACAAGGCAACUUCUGGCAGCGGAAGGAACUAAUACUGUCUGGCGAGGAGGACUUCCAACUCCAAUUUGAAGGAAGAGUAGGGAAAGGACACCGCGGUGAUAUUGCACUGGAUGACAUUGUGCUUACGAAGAGUUGUCUGCUCUCCCAUCAGUCCAUGAAAGAACAACUAGCGGUUCCUCUUCCAACAGGUUACUGCCCACAUGGCUAUCGGGAAUGUCAGAAUGGCCAAUGUUAUAAACCAGAGCAAAGCUGUAAUUUUGUAGAUGACUGUGGAGAUUCCACUGAUGAAAAUGAAUGUGGGAGCUCCUGUACUUUUGAACAAGGCUGGUGUGGCUGGCAAAACUCCCUGGCUGAAAACUUUGACUGGGUUUUGGGAGUUGGCUCUCAUCAAAGCCUAAGACCCCCCAAAGACCACACACUUGGAAAUGAAAAUGGGCACUUUUUGUAUCUGGAGGCUACUCCGGUGGGCCUUCAGGGUGAAGAAGCACACCUCAAGAGUGGUGUGUGGCAAGAAUCCAGUGCUGCAUGCACCAUGAGCUUCUGGUAUUUUAUAUCUGCAAAAGCCACAGGGUCCAUUCAGAUUCUCAUCAAGACAGAGAAAGGACUAUCAAAAGUAUGGCAAGAAAGUAAGCAGACUUCUGGUGAUCAGUGGCAAAAGGCUGUCAUCCUGCUAGGAAAAUUAAGAAAUUUUGAAGUUAUGUUCCAAGGUAUCAGAACAAGGGAUCUAGGAGGAGGAGCUGCAAUUGAUGACAUUGAAUUUAAAAACUGCACGACUGUGGGAGAGACUUCUGAAAUUUGCCCAGAAGCCACUGAUUUUUUGUGCCACAACAAGAAGUGUAUUGCAUCCCACCUUGUCUGCGACUAUAAACCAGACUGCUCUGAUAGGUCUGAUGAAGCUCACUGUGGCCAGUACACAACCACAACAGGAAGCUGUAAUUUUGAAACAACUUCCGGAAAUUGGACCACAGCCUGCAGUCUUACUCAAGACUCUGAAGAUGACUUGGACUGGGCCAUUGGCAACAGAAUUCCUGAUGAAGCACCGAGUACAGACUCUGACCAUACACCAG